AUGGCCACUUCAGAAGAGUUCAAACACCACAUCGUCCAACUAGAUGGGCAUAUUGACCUUCCUCCUCUGCGCUUCCCUCACACCUUUGAGAAACACCUCCACACCUCACCAUCAGAACUACCCUCUCGUAUCGCCUCUGCCACAAUCGCCAUUGGAACAGCCGUCACCAUUACAAAAGCCAAUUUUGUCUCUGCCACAAAGCUCCAACUUUUGGCUUGCCUGGGUGCCGGCUGUGACAGAUUUGACCUCAAUGCUGCCAAAGAGUGUGGUGUUACUGUGACAAAUACACCUGCACAGAACACCAGCACAGUUGCUGAACAUGCCUUGAGUUUGUACUUUGCGGUCAAGAGGAAGAUUGUUGAGCUGGACCGUUUUACGAAGGAGGGAGAGAAAUGGAAGGCGCAGGGCACGAGUUCGACGGAAUUCAAGGGUGUUAUGCCUAGAAUCUGCGAAGAGGAAAUUGUGGGCAUUAUUGGGUAUGGAGCCUUGGGCAAACGCGUAGAGAAAGUGUGCAAAGCCCUCGACAUGCGCGUCCUCAUCGCCGAACGCAAAGGCUCAAAUGAGAACCGACCUUCUCGCACAGCCUUCGAAGAUGUUCUCCGACAAUGCACAACACUCUUCAUAACCUGCCCUCUCGAUCCUUCUACUCACAAUAUGAUCUCCCAUCAUGAGCUCUCACUGCUUCACUCCACCUCCAUCCUCAUCAAUGUUGGCCGUGGAGGCAUUGUCAACGAGCUUGCUCUCGCAACUGCCCUCAAAGAAGGAAAGCUGAUAGGUGCCGGCACGGAUGUUUUCGAGCAUGAGCCAGCCACCAAGGAGAACUGUCCAUUGCUGGCAGAAGAUGUGCCGGGCUUGGUUGCUACACCGCACCUGGCUUGGUUCUCAGAUAGGACGAUCCUGGGAACCAAAGAGUGCGUGAGGGAUACUAUUGAGGCGUUUGUCAGAGGGGAGCCGGUGAACAUCGUUGUGGAUGGGAGAUGGCAGGCA